AUGAACUACCAACAGAACAGCCGAUGGUUCCAGAUCUAUGGUCGGGAUUUUGCAUUUGCCGUUCGAAAAAGUGCCAGUCCGAAGCCGCAUCGAAAGCUUGCCAGGACCACAACCGUUGUCCACGAGAUCCCCGUUGAGGUUCGGAAAAUUAAUCAACAAAAUCGAGUUCACAAAGGUUUGCAGGACUUAAUGGCGGAAUUUUGUGCGCACAGUUCGAUUCACGGAAUCGGCUAUAUGGGUUCGAGGCAGCGGUCCGCGUUUGAAAAGUUCUUCUGGCUUUUUGUGUUUCUUCUGUCGAUGUUCGGAUGCGGGAAGCUGAUUGACAAUAGUUUACGAAAGUGGAACGAAAAUCCGGUUAUAAUAACGUUUGAUGAGGUUCCGACGGCCGUGUGGAACAUUCCGUUUCCUGCGGUCACGAUUUGUCCGGAAGCGAAGAUAAAAAAGUUUAAUUUGAACUUCACCGAUGCUUUCAUGAAACUGACCCAUUGGAAUCGAUCCAAGGAUUUGAAUGAUGUUGAAAUGGAUAACUUGCUGACAAAUCUCCAGCUGUGUGACGAAUAUUUUCACACGUCAUACUACAACCGAUAUUACAUAAAUCACACCUUGAAAGGACAUUUGGUCGACACUUUGAAGAACAUUUCCUUCAUGUCAAAUGACACCAUUUACUAUUGUCGACUGAACAGUCUAGUCUGCAAAAAAAUGUUUUCCAAUACAAUCACUGAGGAAGGCAUCUGUAUGACCUUCAACGGACUUUCCAAUGAAGAAAUGUUCAGGCAACAGAAUCUUCAUUCCGAUUACGAGUAUUUGGAAGAGAAACGGCAAUCGACCAGCUGGAACCUCGAAAACGGCUACUCAGCUGAAGCUGACCUCGAUUCCUACCCGAUUCGAGUGUUUGGAGCAGGUUUUGGAGCCGGUUUGUACGUCCAUCUGAUGACCGUAAACAAAGAUCUGGAAUAUCACUGCCGAGACGGUCAAGGAUUCAAAGUAUUGCUGCAUGCACCCAGCGAAUAUCCACAGGUUUCCAAGAAAUUUGUUCGCGUAACGCUCGGUCGUGACAUAGCAAUAGCGAUCAAACCACAAAUACUAAACACCGAUAAUGAACUGCAUGAUUACGAACCAGAACGAAGACAGUGCUACUUUAACCGGGAACGCCAACUCAAGUUCUUCCAGGUUUACACUCAAGCAAACUGUGAACUGGAAUGCUCAACUAAUUACACCUUGAAGGAAUGUGGAUGUGUGAGGUAUUCCAUGCCAAGGUCUGCCGAUACGAGGGUUUGUGAAACUUCGGAGCUGAUGUGUACUCUUAAUGCCCAGAUAAAUCUCCUGGAGUUGAAUGCCGAACACCAUCUGAAGCACGGAGAUUCCAUGCAGGACGGAUGCAACUGUUUGCCGGCAUGUUACGCUAUUCAGUACGAUGCAGAAAUUACACAAACUAUCUUCAACUUCAAAGAGACGCUCAGACUCCGACUUGGACCCAAAGGAAUUCCUUACGAAGAUACAAUCACUCAAAAACAGAUAUCAAAACUGGAAAUCUACUUCAAAGAUAUCCAGUUCAUAACCUCGAAAAGGACGGAACUAUACGGUUUAACGGAUUUCGUGGCUAAUUGUGGUGGAAUCUUGGGUCUCUGUAUGGGCGUUAGUUUGCUGAGUUUAGUUGAGCUGCUCUACUACUGUACAUUGAGGCCGCUCAUGCUUUUCAGACAAACCCUGCAAAAUGGAUUCUACGUAGUAGACGUUAACGGCAGAAGAGAUGGACUACAAGGGCAUAAUUCUAAAUGA